GAUUUUUUUCUUUUUUUAGAAUCAGGACCAUUUGUUUGGCUUUACCAGUCAAUUAACAUAAGGAAAAAGAUUUUUAGAAGUCUCAAAUUGAGCAUCUUACGUUACAUGAAAGUUUACUUUAACUUAGACCUAAAACUUCAAUAUCGCAAGCAAAGUGAAAAGUCUUUUCCUCACCUGGUAAUAAUGCUACUUAAACUGUGAUCCCUCACAGUUCUCUAAAUCUAAACAAGUACGUGCAAUGCAUCAACUCUAUUUGAAAUAUCACAGCUUUAAUCUGAUGCAGACUUGUUUACAAUUAUUAACUUAAGAUGGGCUUCACAGUUUAUAAUUUUUAAUUUGCAAGCCGUCAACGUUUUGCUUUAACUAUAAUCCACCCCUUCUUCUUAACUUCCCCUGCCUGUAAGCCUGACAACAUUAUUAGUGAAUUACCUGAAAACUUCAUCUGGGAGAGAUUGCCAUUCAUAUGUUCCCUGUGCAAAUAAAAUCAGUGAGAUCUAGAACAGCUCACAAUGUCCAACAGGAGAGAAUCACCCAGUAUUGCAUGUAAGAAACAGGGCUAGGACCUCACUAUUCAAGUUGAAAUCUUAAGCACAAACAUUCAUCAGGACUUAAGCUUCUUUGCAUGUUCCAUUGCACUGCUGAUGAUUUUGACGAAUUUUUUUUUUUAUGGUUGGUUCUCUGCAUUUUAUUUUUGAGAUAAAUACCACUGACUUUAUUGGAAAUUGGAAAGCAAAUUGCAAAUCAGCUUAAGCCUUAAUUUGUCAUAGCAAAGUUAAGGUUUGCUGAAAUGCCAGUGGAGAAGUUUUAAGAACAAUUCUUAGCUUUGAGUUCAGUAACAGCAAAAAUAAAAAACGUACUUAGGGUCCAAGGACAAAAGUGCUCCAUGAUUUGUGUUAAAAAAUUCCUUAAUUAUAGCAGUCUGAAAAUACUAAGGGUACCUGUAGCUAUAGUGUAUUUUAUAUAUUUAUAUAUAAAAUGCACAAUAGAGUUUUUUUUAAUACUGCCUCUGCAAAGUUCCAUUAAUGCUUUUGCUGUGGUCAUUUUAUUUAACGCAUGGAAGCAUCAUCCCUUCUAGGAAGGCUGAAAGACCAUUCUAGAUAACUUGACCUUCGUUCAAUUCUUUGUAACAAGGCCCUAAAAUUUUGGCCUUUAACCCACAUCCUUCAUGUCAGAUUCUAAAACAUGAAAUACUCCCAUACUGCCACUAAAAACAUAACAUACAAUUAUAUUUUUUUUCCUUCCUAUACUUGGUUCACCAAGUAUUCCUUUUAGGACAAUAGUGGUGAGCUUGCUGUCACACCAAGUACUGCUCCAGAAUUUAUAUGACAUCUUACUGGAAGAAUUUGUUAAAGGCCCUUCUAACUUAGAGGAGAAAAUGACAAUACAAGUACCAGAAAACAAGUUGGCUGGUUUCCUCAGGUACAUCUCCAUGCAGAACUUAGCUGUCAUCUUUGACUUACUGCUGGACUCCUAUAGAACAGCCAGAGAGUUUGACACCAGGCCUGGGUUGAAGUGCUUGCUAAAAAAAGUGUCUGGCAUUAGUGGAGCUGCCAACCUGUAUCGCCAGUCAGCAAUGAGCUUCAAUAUUUACUUCCAUGCUUUGAUCUGUGCUAUCCUGACAAACCAGGAGAACAUCACUGCAGAGCAAGUGAAGAAGAUCCUCUUUGAGGACGAUGAGAGAAGCACUGACUCAUCACAACAGUGCUCUUCAGAAGAUGAAGACAUUUUUGAAGAAACUGCCCAGGUCAGUCCUCCUCGGGGAAAAGAGAAGAGACAGUGGAGGGCUCGAAUACCAUCUCUGAGUGUACAGCCUGUCAGCAAUGCAGACUGGGGAUGGCUGAUCAAGCGGCUUCAUAAGCUCUGCAUGGAACUGUGCAACAACUAUAUCCAGAUGCACCUAGACCUGGAGAAUAACACAGAGGAGCCUCCAGUGUUCAAAGGCGACCCGUUCUUCAUUUUACCAUCUUUUCAUUCAGAAACCUCCACCCCAUCAACUGGAGGGCAGUCUGGGAAGGACACUCCAUCAGAAGAUGACCGGAGUCAAAUAAGGGACCAACUGGGAGACAGCCUAACACCACGAAGUGGAGAAAUGCUGCUAUUACCCCCACUCUCAAGUCCUAAACCAGAGAAAAAAGAACAAAACAGGAAAAAAGAAUGGUGGGAGAGUGCUGGCAACAAGAUCUACACCAUAGCCACUGACAAAACCAUCUCUAAGUUCAUGACGGAAUACAAAAAAAGAAAGCAGCAGCAGCAGGCCAUGACAUCCUUCACCAAAGAGGUCAAAGUGGAUAAGAAAGGGGAGCUCCUGGGCUCCAGAGGGCAGGACUCACCCAUACUCCAGAGGCCACAACAUCUUAUAGACCAAGGUCAAAUGAGGCAUUCAUUCAGUGCUGGCCCAGAGAUUCUAAGACAAGAGAAGAGACCACGCUCAGGAUCCACAGUCAGCUCCCUGAAUAUAUCUGUUAGGGACGCAGAGGCCCAGAUACAGGCAUGGACAAACAUGGUGCUGACAGUUCUCAACCAGAUUCAGGCCCUACCAGACCAAACUUUCACAGCCCUCCAGCCAGCAGUGUUCCCAUGUAUCAGCCAGCUGACUUGCCAUGUGACUGAUAUCCGUGUUCGUCAGGCAGUACGGGAAUGGCUAGGAAGAGUGGGCCGUGUGUAUGAUAUCAUCAUUUAAACUAGCUGUGCUCUGUUGCAAAGGGGAGAAGACAGCCAGGAUAUACAGCAAAGAGGUAUUCGGGGUUCAUUAACCGCCUAUUUGUUGGUGAUAAAUUAAGAAACAACGAGCUUGUUGAUAUAUUUCCCCUAUCCACUUGAGACUGUGUGUUCCUCACUCAUACUACCAGAGGAGGUGAAGCAUGAAUGUGUCCAGGGGGUAUGGAAUGACCCCGGAAUCUGCCAGUAAAUCAGGCUGGUACCUAAAGUCAAAAUACAUUUCAGUAACCUUCAUUUAAAUUCAAAUUUACAACAGUGGGAGCCACAUCAAACUCUAGGUAAACAUCCAUACUUGUAAUUAUCUAUGAAUGAAACCAUCAAACCAGGCAAGCAAGGCCUGUAUAACAAAUCAUAAAUAAAAAUGUGGCACUUGUUCAGAGUAACUUUUUCCAUUCAGAAAUUGGCAUGAGAGAGGAAAGCCAAAUAAAGAUUACUACAAUACUAUAUGCCUUGCUAACUGAAGAAAGUUGAAAUUUAUUUUGCUCUGAGAAGAGCCUUUGAAAUCUGGUGAUAUUCAGAGUAGCUAGUGAGUGAUUAUUAAAGUAUUCCAGGUCUUAAACUGGUGAACCAAGCACAGGCUAUUCAUCCUUUCAUAACCCUUGUGAAGUAAUGCUUGAGGAAAAAAGGCACUGUCAACCUGCCCUCUUCUACACAUCACCCUGGCUACUUCAGCUAUGACCACAGAUGAUCAUUUUUCCACAUAUAUAAUUUCACCAAAAUGCUACAGGGAAGUUUGUUUUGCUGUUUUCUCUGAAGCCAGAGGGGAAAAUACACCACAGAGCAAAGCUACAGCCAGUCUACAUGCCAGUAUCCAGCACUCACAACAGAACAAAGUGUUCCUCCAGUUCAAGCAACACUGCAGCUAAGCUGACUUUAGCAUCUAUUCUAACUACUGCAGUCAGGACCCUUACACUAAACUUAGCCUAUCACUCUACAUUGAAGUUAAUCAAGAUGGAAAAUAGUCUGAAAAGAAUGUAACUAACUUUUCUCUUUCUCUCUCCUUUCUCAUCUGCUGCAGUAAACAGGGAGGGAACAGAGUCAUAUGUAGGUACAUUCUCCCUCUGUGCAGCGCUUCUAUAAGGACUACUACUAUCUGCCAAUAUUAUUAGCAGGGGGAGAGGUGGAAGGAUUGACUACUGUAUUGUCAAAUAUUCACAGUGGACACAGCAAAGGGUUACUUUUGCUUCACAAAUUAUGUCACAGCCCCUGGGACUUGUACUCGUAUGCUACAUCAUUUGUUGAUUAGAUGUUUAAAUAAUUCAUCAGAACUGAUUUACUCUUGGGUGAUCCCUUAAUGAUGUUCUUCCAAGACUUUUAAAACGUUCAUACCAAGUAAAUAUACAUCUUUGGUAUCUGCAUCCUCAAAAAAUGUCAUCUUUUUACAUCAGUUCUGGACUUUGCUCAACUAACCGUUUUUAGCAUCUUGAACCUAAAAAAAUAGAGGGUCAGUAAAAAAAAA